CCGCCACCUGCGACAGGUGGAGCGCUCGGCACCCGGCGCUCGGCCAUGUCCGCGGAGGGCGCUGGGCCGGGGCCGGGGCCGGAGCCGGGGGCCGGGCCGGGGCCGCUCUGCCCCGAACACGGCCAGGCUCUCAACGGGUUCUGCUGUUCCGAGCGACGGCUCGUGUGCGCCGCCUGCACGGGGCUGGGCGGCCGCUGCCGGGGGCACCGCAUCCGCCGGGCCGAGAAGCGCGCGGAAGAGCUGCGGAACAAGAUUGUGGACCAGUGUGAGAGGCUGCAGUUACAGAGUGCUACCAUCACCAAAUAUGUGGCUGACGUCCUGCCAGGGAAGAACCAGAGAGCAGUGAGCAUGGCCAGCGCAGCUCGGGAACUGGUCAUCCAGCGGCUGGGUCUGGUGAGGAGUUUGUGCGAGAGCGAGGAGCAGAGGUUGCUGGAACAGGUACAUGGCGAAGAGGAGCGGGCCCACCAGAGUAUCCUGACGCAGCGAGUACACUGGGCCGAGGCGCUGCAGAAGCUGGACGCCAUCCGCGGCAGCCUGGUGGACAUGCUCACUCAUCUGGAUGACCUCCAGUUGAUUCAGAAGGAGCAGGAGAUUUUUGAGAGGACGGAGGAAGCAGAGGGCAUUUUGGAUCCCAAGGAGUCGGAAAAGUUAAACUUUAACGAGAAGUGCACUCGGAGUCCAUUACUGACCCAACUCUGGGCAACAGCCAUUCUCGGAUCCCUCUCAGGCACGGAGGAUGUGCGUAUGGAUGAGAGGACAGUCAGCCCCUUCUUGCAACUGUCAGAUGAUCGGAGGACCCUGACCUUCAGUGCCAAGAAGUUGAAGGCCUGUGCAGAUGGUCCAGAGCGCUUUGACCACUGGCCCAAUGCCCUGGCUGACAUGUCUUUCCAGGCUGGGCUGCAUGCCUGGAUGGUAAACGUCCAGAACAGUUGUGCGUACAAGGUGGGCGUGGCCUUAGGCCAGCUGCCCCGCAAGGGUUCUGGCAGUGACUCUCGUCUGGGCUGCAAUGCCUUCUCCUGGGUCUUCUCCCGCUACGGCCAGGAGUUCCGUUUCUCACACGACGGGCAGCACGAGCCCCUGGCGCUGCUGCGUUGCCCAGCUCAGCUGGGGGUGCUGCUGGACUUGCAGGCACAGGAGCUGCUGUUCUACGAGCCUGCCUCGGGCACCGUGCUCCACAUCCACCAUGCGUCUUUCCCUGGGCCCCUCUUCCCGGUCUUUGCUGUGGCUGACCAGACCAUUUCCAUCAUCCACUGACCUGCAGCUACUGGGAGGCCAGGUGUCCCUCCCCACCACCCUUUCAGCCCACGUUUCUACCCAGUGUCAUCUUCACAAAUGCUGCCUGUGCCCCAUGAGCAGCUUUAGGGGGGAAUCUGGGUCCAACCAUUAAAUGCUGGGUAUCUGGGGGAAUCCGUUACUCCCUGAGGCUUGGUUUCCCAAAUCCACCAUCCAUCUGGUCCUCUGAGGGUGUCUCAUUUGCCCCUUUAUCACUGGCAUCCAGUAUCGUGCCUGGUGCAGAGUGAGCAUGCGAUAAAUGUGAUCAGUGAGUGGACGCAUGGACUGAUGGAUGGAUGGAUCAGUGGAUGUAUGGAGGGACAGGUGACCGGAUGCAUGUUGUAGGCUCUUCUGGAGCACUCCUGCCCCCAGGAGACCCUGUCCUUUGGCAGAAAAUCUUAUGGCUGAAACUCUUUCAUUCCCUCUGUUUGGUGCUUCUCCAUCCUUUUCAUGACAUGGCACAGAGAAAAUAUUUUUCUAGCACACAAGGACAACCUGGAAGGGAUUUAGAACUUCUGCCAGGUUGCUGUUGGCCAGAGGACUCUGGCCUCUGGGGCUCUGUCCUCCCCCAGGUUCUCAGGAGACUCAGGGGAUCCUGUCCCCAGGUAGCCUGCCUGCAACACACCCAUCGGAAGCACUGCCUAACUAGGCAGAGCUCCAGCCAGUGCCCACCUGUGGUCACAGGGAUGAACUUUCCCAACUGCAGCUGUACAUGCCAUCACCUAAUGCCUUCUCUAAUACAGUGAGACCAGGGUGAGGCCUUCAAACCAGAAGGAGCCAAGGGAAUAAGAGGGCCAGCCUUAGAGAACAUGUACAUUAUUAAAGACUUUAAAACACUGAAAAA